AUGAUUUAUUCACAAGAAGAAUGCAUAAUAUAGUCAACUAGAGAUAUAGUAGAGUUGCCUAAUAUAAGUAAAAUAACAUAAGCUAGUAAAAUAUACUAGGCCAGUAAAAUUUGCCAUGAAAAGAAUCCUACAGUAACAUAGACUAUGAUAACUGGUUUAACAAACUCAACAUAUGAGUCUAUUAGUGGGACUAAAAACACAAUCUAUCAAUAGUAAAAUUCCUAAAAAGAGGAAAAUUUGAAGAAUUAGCAUUUUUCUUAAAAAAGCAUAUUAUUAUCUAACAAAGAGUAAGAUUAGGCAUUUUCUAUUUUUUAUAAAAAUGAUUAAGCUUCUAAUGAUAGUAGUAAAAAUUAAAAUAAUGACAUGUAAAUAGAAACAAACAGCAUACUUUCAAAUAAAAGCAGAAAUUAAUCAGAUUAAUUAACAUAAGAUUUAAAAGCGAAGUGGGUUUUUACUCGUCUACUUGAGAUGAAUAUAUCUCAAUACACAUAUUAAGAUGUGAUAAAUAUUCUUUGUCUUUUAUAAUAGUAACAUUAAAUGAAUAAAGAAGACUUUUUACAAUACAUGGUAGAUAAAAAUUUUAUUUAAAGCCAGUUAAAGAAAUAAGAACAUGCAAUUAAUAUUGAUAGCAUCAAAGGCAUUUAACAUGAAAAAUUUAAACAAGUAUUAACAAUUAAACAGGAUAUGAGACAAGUUUAAAAGAAUUAAGGAGAUGAAAAAAUCCCUGAUAUAGAAAAUAGUUUAGUAUAAGAAAGAUAAAGUAAAAAUGAACAAAUUUUGCAAAAUAGCUUUUUAUAUAAUAGCACAAAUACUCAGAAUAUGAAACAAAGAAUGAUAAAUAGGCAUAUUUAAUUUAGAUGCUCCGUAAAGACUUAAACUAAAAAUUAUUUUUUAUCUGAAGCAGAAGGAGGAGUUACUUGCAAUAUUUGUUGUUUAUCGUAUUAACGCGAAUACUUCUACACAUUAGACUCCUGCAAUCAUUUAUUUUGCAAGAACUGCAUCAUAUAAUAUCUAGAAAAUUGUAUAAAUACUUCAUAAGUGCUAAAAAUAAAAUGCCCUGACGAAAAUUGUAAAGUAGAAUUUACAGAUCAGAUACUUUAAAAAAUACUUGAUACAAAAACAUUUUAAAAAUACUUAAAAUUCAAAGAACUUAAAAUAAUUAAUUCAGACCCUACUCUUAAAUGGUGUAAUCGCACAGGCUGCACCUUUUAUUGCAAAAUAAACCUAAAUGAUCCUAAGAUAAUAUGCAAGUGUGGUCACUAAAUGUGCUUUUAAUGUGGAAAUAACUGGCAUGAAGGAAAAACCUGCGAUGAAGUUAUACAAGAAGAGUUUUAAGGUGCGAUUUAAAAAUAUGUUAUUUCAUUUUGUCCUACUUGCAAAAGCAAAGUACAGAAGGCUUCUGGGUGUAAUCGAAUUUACUGUCCCAUCUGCUCAUAAUCUUUUUGCUGGAUAUGUCGAACUCCAAAUAUAUCCUAUGCUCAUUUCAGUCACUUAAAUAUUUUGGGUUGUCCUGGUAAAUAAUUUUCAAGAUCAAACCCAGAUGAAAAUCCUCAAUAUUAAAGAAUAGUAAUGUUCAUACCUAGAUUAAUCGUAUUUAUUUGUAUAUUAGCUGCAUUUACAGCCAUUAUGCCUUUCUUUCUAGUUGGUUUAGCUAUAAUAACUCCUAACUACUUUUAUUGGAAUAAUGUGAACUAAAACUAUGCAAUACCAAAAUAAAAACAAAAGCAAAGAUUUGUGAAAGCAAUAGGGAUAUCGAUACUUCUUUUAUUUGUAGGAGUAAUAUUGUUCCCAAUUUGCUUAAUACCAGGUUCUUGCAUAGUCCUUCACAGAAUAAUCAAAAAUAGAUUAUGA